AGCGGCAGGCGAGGAGAGCGAGGGAGGCAGGGAGGAUCUCAGCCAGGGAAGAGCAGGACAGCGUGGAUGUAAGAUCGACUCCACCAGACUGGAUGUGUUUUGGCUCCACGUCGGGUAAACGCAUAAGAAAGGACAAGAUCUAAAACAGUCAACAUAUACAAAUCUUGGAUGUUUCUUCGAAUCUCUGGGACUGUUUCAAGUGGUGUUGUCCAGAGUGGCACCGCUUUUGAGUAAGAAACACACUUAAGUGGGAAUCAACUGCUCCUCCCAAUCAACCAUUCUUUUAGAGUGGCGCGAGCUCAGCACACUGACUUGAGCUGCAGACACUGACUGAGGUGGGGAGCGGCGGCGUGAGCAGACCAGACCGUGCCAAUGGCGAGCAAUAACACGGCCAGCAUCGCGCAAGCCAGGAAGCUGGUGGAGCAGCUCAAGAUGGAGGCCAACAUCGACAGGAUAAAGGUGUCAAAAGCAGCAGCGGACCUGAUGUCUUACUGUGAAGCGCACGCCAAAGAGGACCCGCUGUUGUCGCCGGUUCCCGCUUCGGAGAACCCCUUCCGAGAGAAGAAGUUCUUUUGCGCAAUCUUGUAAAAAAAAAAAAUAAUAAUAAUUGAAAAAAAAAAAUCAUGAACAAAGGCGAAGCUUUUGAAGUUCAGAACGCGGAUGUUGGUGGAAAAAAAUGUUGAAACCUUCGAAUCCCAUCCAUGGAUGGGGAUGGUCGAAGGCGUUGGCGGUGGCUUUUUUCGGGGUGAAGCAUGUUAAGGUCGGAGUUUUCAUGCUGAUGACUGAUAACUCUUCAGGCUGUGAGGUGUACAGAACUAGUUAAGUUUUUGUGGUUUUUGUUUAGAAGUGUGAGUGCUCUCAAGUUGCACACAGUAGGACUGCAAAGUAAACUCCUCUGCUGACAGCUCAAACCAUGAUUUAAGUGGUCUUUCUAUAACUUUUUUUUCUUUAUUUUUUUCUCAAACACCUGUAAAGUUAGCGACAGCCUUUCAAUGGGAUGUUUUCUGGAAACACUAGGUGUGAUUUUCUUCUCGACAUUCAGUGGUGAGUAAAUUCAUGGGAAAAAUAUUCUAGGGAUUCUGUUUGAUGACAAUGUGAUUGAGUUCGUCUACUGUCCCCAAAGCAAACCUUCUUUCUACUCUUUGUACAAAAACAAAAUGAUACGCGAGUAAAAAAUGUGAUGUGCUGUAAA